AAAACACGUUUCUCCCUUAAUUUUGUAUUAAUCGUCUCAUUUUCAAUAUGAUGGACUUUUUGAAUUCGUUUAAAUCGCUUAUAAAGGUGGAACAAAUUCACACCGACGACAACAUCUUCAAGUUACACUAUAAGUUUACGGUGAUUAUGUUGAUAGUUUUUUCCGUUUUGUUAACUUCGAAACAAUAUUUUGGUGAUCCGAUUAAUUGUGAGAUACAUUCGAGAAGUUCUGAGGUUAUUGAAACGUAUUGUUGGAUUUAUGGGACGUUUACGGUGAAAAAAACGUUGAAAGAGAAUAUUUUAAGUGGUUUGGGCCCAGAUCCACGAUUAUUAUUAAGUGAGACCCCUCAAGAUUCAUCUGACGAAAUAAUAACGCAAAAAUAUUACCAAUGGGUGUGCAUUGUUUUUUGUUUUCAAGCUUUGUUGUUUUAUAUACCAAGAUAUUUAUGGAAAACUUGGGAAGGUGGGCGAUUACGCUUACUAGCUAAAGAUUUAGGGGGCCCUUUAAUCCCAAAUUGUUGGAGUGAAGAAACGAAAGAACGCUUGAUUAGUUACAUGAUAAGUGGAAAUUAUUCGCAUAAUCUUUAUGCUUUAAGAUUUGCUUUUUGCGAAUUAUUAAAUUUUAUAAACGUCGUUUGUCAAAUUAUCUUCAUGGAUUGGUUUUUAAGUGGGCAAUUCACAAGUUAUGGCAUAGCAUUGGCACUUUACAAUGGAGAAAAUCCAAUGACUCGGGUGUUUCCAAAAGUAACAAAAUGUACUUAUUAUAAUUAUGGUCCUUCUGGAGGUAGACAAAAGCAAGAUGCUUUGUGUGUUCUUCCAUUAAACAUUGUUAAUGAAAAGCUUUUUUUGAUAUUAUGGGUGUGGUUUUUGGUGCUUACCAUUGUUAGUUUUUAUGCAUUAAUGUAUAGAAUGAUCGUUUUAGUUUCACCCAAAGUUAGGAUGUACCUCUUGAUGGCUCACGCUAAAUUUUUAUCGAAAAAAACCGCGAAUGUUAUAUCUAAAAAGAUUUCAUUUGGCGAUUAUUUCUUUUUGUAUCAAUUGGGUAAAAAUUUAAACCCUUUGAUUUAUAAAGAUUUAUUGAUUAGCAUCUCUAAAGGUUUAAUGGAUAAAUCAUCUUUGCCUUAUAACCCAGAGGUUACCAUGCCCGUUUAAAAUUAUUCUAAUCAUGAAAUGUUUAGUUAAAACAAUCAAAAAAGA